CACGAAAACCACAGACAGAGAGAGAGAGAGAGAGGAAGAGAUUUUCUCUAUUUUCUGUUUUGGAGGAGAGAAGGUUGCUAUGGAGAAUCAAGAUAAAGCGGUAGAGGAGGGGGAGGGGGAGGGGGAGGACGAGGUGGGUCCGAUGGCGGCAGAGGUGGUGGAGGAGGAGGAGGAGGAUAGGCAAAUCGGCUCCAGCUUGACCAUGGAGAGGGUGGCCGUCGCCAAGCAGUUCAUAGAGAAUCACUACAAGGCCCAGAUGAAACACAUCCAAGAACGAAAGGAAAGGCGAUCAGUGUUGGAAAAGAAGUUGGCCUCAUCACAUGUUCCAGAAGAGGAACAAAUCAAUCUGCUGAAGGAUUUGGAGCGUAAAGAAACAGAGUAUAUACGACUUAAAAGGCACAAGAUUAGUGUUAACGAUUUUGACCUUCUAACCAUUAUUGGGAGAGGGGCUUUUGGAGAGGUUAGAUUAUGUCAAGAGAAAAAAUCUGGCAAUAUUUAUGCCAUGAAAAAGCUGAAAAAGUCUGAAAUGCUUAGCAGGGGACAGGUUGAACAUGUUAGAGCUGAGAGGAAUUUGCUUGCAGAAGUUGCCAGUCACUGCAUUGUGAAACUCUAUUAUUCAUUUCAAGAUGCUGAGUAUUUGUAUCUAAUUAUGGAAUAUCUUCCUGGUGGUGAUAUGAUGACUUUGCUGAUGAGAGAAGAGACUUUGACUGAGACUGUGGCUAGGUUUUACAUUGCUCAGAGUGUUCUGGCAAUAGAAUCUAUUCAUAAGCAUAAUUAUAUUCAUAGAGACAUAAAACCUGACAACCUUCUGUUGGACAAAAAUGGUCAUAUGAAGCUUUCUGACUUUGGUCUUUGCAAGCCUCUUGACUAUAGAAAGUUGUCUACCAUAAGUGAAAAUGAAACUGUGGAUGAUGAGAAUUUGAAUGAAUCAAUGGAUGUUGAUGGCAACUUCCCUGAAUCUGGUAGCGGAAGACGUUGGAGAAGUCCCCUCGAACAACUACAGCAUUGGCAGCAUAACAGGAGGAAAUUGGCAUAUUCAACAGUUGGCACACCAGAUUAUAUUGCUCCUGAGGUGUUGCUGAAGAAAGGAUAUGGCAUGGAAUGUGACUGGUGGUCACUUGGUGCUAUAAUGUAUGAGAUGCUCGUUGGUUAUCCUCCAUUUUACUCUGAUGAUCCAGUAACUACAUGCCGAAAGAUUGUACACUGGAAAACUCACUUAAAAUUUCCUGAGGAAGCUAGGUUGUCACCUGAAGCAAAGGACUUGAUCUCUAGGUUGCUUUGUGAUGUUGAACAUAGACUUGGUACCUUAGGUGCUGACCAGAUAAAAGCUCACCCUUGGUUCAAAGACGUUGUAUGGGACAAACUCUAUGAGAUGGAGGCAGCAUUUAAACCACAAGUCACUGGGGAACUUGAUACUCAAAAUUUUAUGAAUUUUGAUGAGGUAGAAGUCCCAAAACCAGCAAGAACAGGAUCUGGACCCAUAAGAAAGAUGCUUUUAACCCAUGAAAAUCUCAGUUUUGUUGGUUAUACAUACAAGAAUUUUGAGGCAGUCAAAGGGUUACACCAGUCAUUUGAUUUAAAAAGUGGCUUACCAAGGGCAUCAUCAGCUGACAGUGUUCACAGUGAUUCUGCAGUUGACUAUUCCAAGUACACCAAGGACAACACAGGAACUCAAGUGCUUGCACCAUCAGAGGAUGCCAUGUCACAGUGAGGAGUCUUUAUUCCUUUCCAAUGUAUGGUAUCCUGCAUGUACUGCAGCAACAAGCUCGUAUUCUUAAGGUUGGUGGGUCUACCUGCUUAUUUCUGCCAGGUCCUACCCUUAACUUCACCAUUAUGUAUUUGCAGAACCUGAACUUCCAAGUGUACAGUACUAUCCCCAAGCAUGAUGAGAUGCGCCCCUUGAGGGGGGCUGGUUGGUAGCAAUAGUUGCAGGCCAGAGAGUUUUUUGUAUCCAUCUAGUCUUUUCCAGUUUGUAUCGAGGCUCCCACUACCCAGGUUGGCAAACCAAAUAAAAUGCCUUCUCUUGUGGCAGUUUCGGGUCCUCAUUGCUUGCCACCCUCGCUUUUCUUUUAAACUCAAGUUCCAUGGUGCUCUGGAUCUGAUGCUGUGUUAAUGUCAUUGAGGCUGAUCUUUGUAUGGAAUACUUCAUCCUUGUGCUCCGAUGAGCAGAACAGGAAAUUUUGAGUUAUUGAAGUUGAACUAUCUUCUCUUAAAUCAUCAGUUUGAUCUGGGUCUUUUUAUUUUUAUCCUUUUUUUUUUUGUGAUAAAUUCAUUAGCAGAUA